UCAGAGCAAUAGUCCUCCGGUUCACACCAUUACUUGACAAAACACUAAAAAGAUGAAGCGAAAUGAUAAAUGAGUUCCGGCCAGCUCUGAGGACAGGAAGCGAGGAGACGCUGAUGGCGCCCGACUAGAAAGCACAGCAACUAUUCGCUUUCGAAGAUUUAUUUAUUUCGCCUCAUUCGCGAGCUUGAAGAGCAAAACAAUCACCCAUUUACGAGCAGAGAUGGAUUCUGAUGACAUGGAGGUGGAGAGCAGCAGUGAUGUGGGGCAUUCUGGGAUGGAGGAGCCAUCAGAAAGCGGCAUGGGCAUGGAGUCUUCAGAAGCCAUGUCUGCUGAUAGCAGCGAUGCGGCCGCUCCUCCUGCCCCGGCCCCAGAAUCAGACUGUCAUGUUGGACAGAGCUCCGAGGGACUUGUGGUUUUUAUCCCAGAGACAAGCUCCAGUACAGAUGUGCAAAGAGUUCAUCUCCCAGACUCCUCUUCUGUCGCCCAGUCAACCAGUGUGUCCAGCGUCUCCACUGUGACACAAUCGGUCCUGGUUUCGGAGUCUGUCCAGGUCCUGGUGCACUCUAGUGCUGUUUCUGAAGGAGGAAUGAUGGUUUCUGAUUCCACUGCUUCCACGUCCUCAGAUCUUGGCUCGGCUAUUGAUAAGAUAAUUGAAUCUACCAUUGGACCCGACAUUAUGAAUGGAUGUAUUGCAGUUACAAGUGCAGAGGAUGGCAGUGCAGAGACCACACAAUAUCUAAUACUGCAAGGUCCUGAUGAUGGAGCUCCUAUGGUGGCUCGGAUGUCUUCCUCUGCCCUGUCAAGCCGCAUUGCCAUUGAAGCCCUUGCUGAUGGGCCCACCUCCACUUGCCUGGACCAGGCAGACCUGUCAGAAAACCCGCAGGGCAGCGUGGAACCCGACCAGCCUGGACACUCCGGAUACCGUGAGCACGAUGACAGCAGCAGCAGCUGCAGCCGCCCAGACCAGCCUCAGCACUCCCAGUACAUAGAAUGCAGUGGAGGAGACGACCCAGACCAGACCAGGGAGGCUCGGUACAUCGAGCGCUCGGGAACCGAACCAGAUCAGACCCCACGUCAUUCUGGUGUCACAGACUACAACGUGGCUGACUCGGAAGAACCUCUACGGCGUUAUGCAGCAGAAUGCAGCGGUACAACUGAUAGUCCUCAGAGAUCCUCGUUUCGCUCCUCCCGCUAUGUUGUAGAGUGCAGUGAUGGGUUUUUGGAGUACGGGACGGAGCGGCCGCAGCAUUCACGUUAUAUCGACAGCAGCAUGGAUGACAGGGAUCACGUCUCGGCCUCGGAGCAGGAAGAUAGUGUGGUGGAAGAGCCCCAGCACUCCUACAUGUCCCAUGGCUCACUGUAUGCCGACGAGGGCUCUGUUCGCCACUCCCUAGCUGACACGAUGGGGUCCCAGCUCAAUCAUCAAAUGGACUGCAAUGAUAACUUGCCUGGCCCAUACAUAAGUAGCAGUGGGACAUAUUCCACCCAACCAGAUCCUGAGGUGGUGGGGUCUGGGGUGGUGGUUGAGUCUGGGCGCAGAACCCCAGACAUGGCCGAACUGGAGGAAAUGAUGGAGGUGGUGAUCGUCCAGCAGUUUAGGUGUAGGAUGUGCCCAUAUAAAAGUGCCUCUAAGGAUACACUCAUCAACCACAUGAGAGAUAAACACUUUAAACCAGCAGGUGUUCCAGGCCAAAAGAAACGUGGACGGGGACGUCCAAGAAAGUCCGAAAGCAAGGCAAGAGGGGUCGGUGAGGUCAAAAAGGAGGAGCCACCAGAAGAGGAAGAUGAUGACAUCAUAGAUGCGGGCGCUCUUGAUGAUCAAGGUGACAGUGAUUAUAAGCCAGCUGAGGAAGAGGCCAGGCCCAAAUUGGUUCCCAGUCACUCAACUCCUCCUUCCUGCUCUUCAUCCUCUUCCUCUACCUCACGGAAACGUCCCCGCAGGAUGGUGGGGCCACCUCGCAAAUUCCUUCCUGAGUCAGAGACAGCAGCAGUGUCUCAAACGAACAAUGCAGAGGACCCUCAAGCUCCUGAGGAAGCAAGUUCCUCUGGAUUGGAGAAUGGAACUUCCUCAUUAUCAAAUGGGACGGCAGCGGAGCCAGGCGUCAGCCAGUCAGAUUCAGAGAACAAAGAUCCAUCAUCAAACACAAGCCACGAUGACCUGGAGUCUUUGCCCAAAAAACGAGGCCGGCCUUCAAAACGUUUCCUUCAGAAGAAGUACAAAAAGUACAUGAAUCGCAAUAAAUACUACAGAUCACUUAAGCCUUUGCUAAGGCCUCAUAACUGCUGGAUCUGUGGCUCUCGCUUUCUUUCACAAGAGGAUCUCAGAUUCCACGUGGAUUCUCAUGAGGGAAACGACCCUGAACGCUUCAAGUGCCUGCAGUGCAGCUACCGUUGCAAACGGUGGUCCUCACUGAAGGAGCACAUGUUCAAUCAUGAAGGUACAAAACCUUACAAAUGUGAGGUAUGUGAUUACUCCAGUGUUUACAAGAAGGACGUGAUCCGGCAUUCAGCCGUCCACAACAAAAGCAAGAGUCGGAAGACAGACGUGCAGUCUUGCAUAAAUCCUUCACAGGUUCCCAAAGUGUCCGAGUUUCCAUGCCCAAUCUGCUGCCGUGUGUACCCCAUGCAGAAACGCCUGACGCAGCACAUGAAGACACACAGCACAGAGAAACCUCACAUGUGUGACAAGUGUGGGAAAUCCUUCAAGAAGCGCUACACUUUCAAAAUGCAUCUUCUUACGCACAUACAGAACUGUGGCAACAGCACGUUUAAGUGUGAGUUUUGUGAGUUCACCUGCAAUGACAAGAAGCACCUGCUAAAUCACCAGCUGUCCCACACCAACGACAAACCUUUCAAAUGCGAAGAGUGCAAAUACUCCACAAGUAAAGAGGAUUUUCUGGUGUCCCACAUUGCCAUUAAACACACUGGUGAAAAGCCCUUCUCCUGUGACAUGUGCCACUUCACAACAAGACACAGGAAGAACCUGCGGCUGCAUGUGCAGUGUCGCCACCCUGAGGCCUUCGACGAGUGGAGUCAAUCCCACCCAGAGGAGCCAAUUCGUCGACGCCAGACGCCCGUUUUCUCCAUGCAGGAGAUCGAAGAGCUGAAAUUACAGCAAGAAACCCAGGGAUUUCAGGGGACCAUUGUUACAGUGGACCCCAUUACGCUCCAAAACAUGGAGUCCAUUGGGAACACAUCUAUAUCCCAAGAUGCACUGGGAAACACUACCAUCAUUUACGAGCAAGCCCAGACUACAGACCUCUCAGCCCAGAAUGCUCUAGAUCUGUUGCUAAACAUGAGUAACGCCAGAGAACUGCAGGUGGCAGUGCUGAAAACCGACGGUAAGACUCUGGAGACGGGAACGUGGCCCGGAGAUGGCUCUGGGAGUGAGCCUCAAAAGAUCGUCACCUUCCAUGUGUCAGAAAACGGGGACACUCUGGUUCAAGAGGCUUUUGAGACAGCUACAGGGGAGGUGGAGCAAGAAGAGACAACUGGUGAGUCGCAGGAAGUGACCGAGAUUGGCAUCAGUACAUACGAGGGAGCAGAUUUCAGCGUGGUGGAGCAGGCCUCCGACGAGACAGAACAGAGCAGUUUAGAGGAACCCUCAGCAGAGCCUCAGGUCAUGGAAGUGAGCACUGAGCCCUUGUCCAUCUCUACACCUCUCAAAGAGAAUAAAGAGAGGUUUUUCCUGAGCUCAGGCUUGACAGAUGGAGUCCUGCAGCAGGUAGAGCUAAGCAGUGAAGCUCCAGGUUCCCCUUCCCUGUGUCCAUCACCCCCUUCUCAACAGUUAAACACCAAACGCUUCUCCUGUCGCAUCUGCAUGGAGGCUUUCCACGGCCGCUCGGACAUGGAGAACCACAAGAGGGCGCACAUAGACCCCAAAACAUUCAAGUGUCCAGACUGUGACUUUACAGCACCUUCUUGGCCAGAAGUCAAGUCUCACAUGGCCAUGCACGCAUAUUUGAGGCCUCAUAAAUGCACCAGCUGCAGUUUUGCCUCUAAAAAUAAGAAAGACCUGAGACGCCACAUGAUGACACACACCAAUGAGAAGCCUUACGCCUGUCAGGUCUGCGGCCAGAGGUUUAACCGUAACGGCCAUCUAAAGUUUCACAUGGAGAGGCUUCACACUCAGGAACCCUCGCCCCGUAAAACCCGCCCUGUCUCCUCCCAGCAGACCAUCAUUGUUAACAGUGAUGAAGAAGCUUUAGCCACACUACAGAAUCUGCAGGCAGGUCAGACAGUCAUCAGUCCGGAGAGGUUGCAGCAGGCUUUGGGUCAGGAACACAUCAUUGUGACUCAGGAUCAGUCGCUUUCUGACCAGGAGGAGGCGACUUAUAUUCAGCAGUUCACAACAGUAGAUGGACAGACGGUACAGCACUUAAUGACUGGAGACAAUCAGGUCACUGAGGUCCAGUAUAUCAUCUCUCAGGAUGGAGUUCAGCACCUGCUCCCACGGGAAUAUGUGGUGGUGUCUGACGGAAACCACAUUCAGAUGGAGGAUGGUCGGAUCGCUCACAUUCAGUACGAGCAUGAUGGGACGUUUCUGCAGGAGCAACAGAUUGCUCUGUCUCAGGAUGGACAGAUCCAAUACGUCCCCAUCACUGCCGAACAGCAGGUUGUGGCCCCCGAGGACCUGGAGGCAGCGGCUCAUUCAGCUGUCACUGCUGUUGCAGACGCAGCCAUGGCUCAGACUCAGACGGUUUACACCGAGGCCACACCUGAACAACUGGAGCAGCUGCAACAACAGGGCAUCCAGUAUGAUGUCAUCACUUUUACUGAGGAGUAAAAGCAAGACACACACAACACCGACACACAAGCGGCUCGUCUCGGUUACAGAUGAGUGCAGUGGACAUAACAAACUCUGACGGGUUAUUCCACAGGCUUAAAUUUGUCUUCUACCAGAAUUAUUUAGUAAGAGGGUGAAUGUACAGUUAGAUUCUCUCUGCAAAUUAUACAACUCAUGCCACUGUAAAUAUUUAAAGCAUUUAACUUUGUGUGCCUACAGUGUUUUUGCCUUGUAAAGAAAAAGAAACACGUAAGCCAGGAGCAGUCUGUAUAGAGAAUCCUGUAUUUAAUUCUACUUAAUAAUGUCGCUGUGAUGUACUACUCUAGAUGCUACUUCAAUGACAGUGUGUAACGGUAGACUGGAGGAUUGACGUUUACAUUGUUAUGAAAGGACGGUUGAUCAUUUUUCAUUUUAUGUAAAACAUGCCGUUUCAUCUUUUUAAUUUUUAAAGAUUUAUUUUUCUUUGAGAUGGCUACAGAAAUUAACUUAAAAUGCAUACCAAAUAAAUCACAACCUCUUUAUCUGAA